ACCUUAGAUCAAUAUUAAAUGGCGCAGCAACAAGUGCUAAGACUUGGUCUCGGCCUGAACAUCCAGCGGUCAGAUGGUCGCAUCCAUUCGGCAGUAGUUAGCGGUCUGAAUGAAGCUCAGCAGAGCAUCACUGUGGAGUGGUUUGAGGGAGGUGAAACUAAGGGGAAGGAGGUAGAAGUUGAGACGGUACUGGCCCUGAAUGAGAACAUGCUGCCUCCGUCUGAUUGGGCAGGUUUUGAACAGUACCAGCCCCCAAAACCAGCACCGCCAGUUCAACCUCCUGCUCAGAGUAGAAUUCCGUUAGCUCAGAAACAGAAUUUCCCAGCCCAAACACCAGCGGAUCCUUCAAAAAGAAAGUCGCAGUGUGUUAAGGAAAUUGACAAGAUAAAGAAAAAUCGCGAGGAAAGAAGGCCGAGUAUGGCGAAAAAACCUGUACGCAGGAAAAGUAGUGCAAGUCAAGCACAGCGUGUAAAUCAGAAUAAUGGAGGCGGUGACAUUGACCCUUCAAAUCCUAACUGGGAGUUUGCUCAGAUGAUAGAGGACUACAGACAUGAGCUGGAUGCUUCACCAGUUUCCUUCGCUAACCAAAUAGUCAGAGAUCACAGGAUUUGUGUCUGUGUCAGGAAACGUCCUAUUAACAAGAAAGAGAAGAAAGCAAAGACAGUUGACGUGGUCACGUUACCAUCACUCGAAUCCAUGACUGUUCACGAACCGAAGCUCAAAGUGGAUUUGACGAAGUUCUUGGAAAACCACAACUUCCAUUUUGACUAUACAUUUGACGAGAAUAUUGACAAUGCCACAGUCUACAAGUUCACUGCCCAGCCGAUUAUCAGAACCAUAUUCGACGGAGGGUUUGCCACCUGCUUCGCGUACGGACAGACAGGAUCCGGUAAAACCCACACGAUGGGAGGAGAUUUCACUGGAAAAGAGCAAGAUUUCUCAGCUGGUAUCUACGCCAUGGCAGCCCGAGAUGUGUUCGACUUGUUGAGGAGCACACACUACAGUCAGCUAGAUCUGAAAGUGAGCUGCAGCUUCUUUGAGAUAUACGGUGGUAAGGUGUAUGAUCUGUUAGCAAAACGAGCAAAGAGGCGUGUACUGGAGGACGGUAAAAGUGUUGUCAAUGUGGUGGAUCUGAAGGAGACUCCAGUCCUCUCUGUCAACAGUGUUCUGAACGCUAUCAAGGACGGUAGUGCUGUCAGGACCUCCGGACAGACCAGCGCCAACGCACAUUCUUCAAGAUCUCACGCAGUGUUCCAGAUCAUUCUGAGGACCACACGAGGGAAGCUCCACGGGAAGUUCUCUCUGAUUGAUUUAGCGGGAAAUGAAAGAGGCGCUGAUACGAGUAGUGCUAACCGGGCUACUCGACUGGAAGGAGCUGAGAUCAACAAGUCACUGCUAGCGCUGAAAGAAUGUAUCAGAGCUAUGUCCAUGAAGGCGAUGCACAUUCCUUUUAGAGCCAGCAAACUGACCCAGGUAUUGCGAGAUUCCUUCAUCGGUGAGAAAGCUCGAACGUGUAUGAUAGCGACUUGUGCGCCCGGGCAGAAUAGUGUUGAGUGCACGCUAAACACUCUCCGAUACGCUGACAGGGUCAAAGAGCUGGGACCUGGAUCCAAACCGGGUAAACCAGCCCCACCACUACCUGACAUAGAAAACAACGACAACGACCUGGCCUACAUGCACCAGAGUCUGAGAAGUCAAGGUAUAAACUGUGGUGAGGAGGAAGAGGACCCCGAGAUGUACAACUUUCACCAAGCAGUGGACAUGUUGCAGGAGGCUCAGGACAUGUUGGUUGACGAGCAUCAGCAGUGCAUAUCAGAAAAUAAAGAGUAUCUGAAGCAGGAGGAGCAGAUCUUACAACGAGUAGAUCAAGAUGUAGACUAUGACAUUGAAGAUUACGCAAGGGCCCUGGACGUCAUUCUCCAAAGAAAGAUAAACCGUCUGAAGACAAUGCAGGAUAAGCUGAACAAGGUGCGAAGUACUCUCAACAAGGAAGAGGAAGUCAGCAAAACCCUCCGCAGACCCGCCAAGAAGCGCUAGUUGAUAAACUAAUCAAUUAAUUAAUUAAUUAAUUGCUCAAAGAACAACUAAAAUAUUAGCCUCGGUUUAACUUUAGAGGUCCACUUUAUCAAAGUAAGAGACAGUAGCUUAUGUACAAGUCGCUGGCUGACUGAUUGGUGGUAUGCAGCUUCAGGAGUAGGAUAAGCAAUAAGUUGUCCUCAUGAUGAUUUGUCUCACGUCGCGAUACUUCGUUGCUAUUCGCGCGAAGUGGCCGUGUGCGCACUUGUGCGCGGCAGGCCCACACCGUGAGACAAAUGAUGCUCGCUUACAUUUCUAGAUCGUCCUCUAGAACGAACCCUGAAGUCGAUUAGAAUUCUGUGAACUAAAUAUAUUAUAUUGCAUUGGUUACUUAAAUGUGUUGCAAUGUUUUUCUUUUUUUCUUAAUUUACAAAAUUGUACCGUUACCGUUACAUCGCCCGUUAAAAUUUAGACUAUGACUAUGAGCUUUCAAUGAGCCCAAUCUGUAUAUAUUUGGGUUACAAUAUAUUAAAUUCAUUUUCUAAAAGUAGUUAACCGGUCCUGAACUCCAGUUACCACAUAUCAUUAUGAUGGUAACUUUAUUUAGAGUAUUUCUCUCAAUUCUUUGUGUUAUUAUCCUAGACCGGUGGGUUUCACACUUAAAAGCGAAGACUUUUUACAGACUGUGUUGAUAGGAUGAUAAUUAAUCACUCUACACUCGAUUGUCACGUGACUUUUUAACCAGUUCUAUAGUUGGCCCUGAACGACUAUUCGAAACCCUAACCCUCUUAUCUGAUCCCAACCCUAACCCUAACCCAAUCCCUAACAAAAGCAUAUGCUGAAACCCUAACCCUAAUGAGAAAUUCGACCAACUUCCUUAUAUGGUCAUAUCACGUGAUCGAGACACUUUUUCGCCAAUAUCUCGUCGGGGGAGCAUUUUAUCCCUAUGACUUGGGGGUGAUUUGGAAUCAGCGUCCGAAAACACAUCGAUUUCAGUUGGUUUCAACUGUCGGGGGCCCUUUUAGAAAAAUCUCGAAGAUCGACUGUAGAGUGAUUUAGCACGCUCGGCGCGGUGUUGAUAAGAGUUAUUGAGAAUUUCCGGUUCUACCACACCUUCAAAAGUUACUUAUCUUUAACGUUUAUACUUGUCAAGAUUUAUGAACGUUCAUUAAUUAAUAUAUUUAUAUUUGCAACCGAAUUUCGUAUAAUUAGUAUUAUUUUGCUGAUGAAAAUUGUCACUUUAUUUAUAUUAGU